GUUCCAUAUGUUGUCGUUCAUUCUCUGCGGUGUACUUGUAACUAUUUUUGAGGUUCAGGCUGUGGUGCUGAAAGUCACUCCCGAUGAACUGAACGCUGUUGAUUUUUCUAACAUACCGCAGGGUGCCAAUCCGGCCGUUGUAUUUGUUCUUCCGAAUCCAUGUGAAACGUGUGCACGUCAUGAGAAGCUUUUGUCAGACUUUUCUGUUGGUGCAGUCUAUCC